AUGAUGGCAAAUGCCGGGGAAAAUCUAGAGCUUCACUACCAUCUCGAGUUCUACUUCCAACGCAAAUCGUCCCGCAGAAAGCUUGCUAUUGCCGGCCGCAUUUCGUGGAGUCAUGGCCAAAACCAGCAACAAGAAACGCGUUCUCAACUGAAACAGCAAUGUCGAGUAGCAAUGGCAGCCCCAUUUGUAGGUGGUCGUUUUAUACUCGCUCCGCCCGAAGGAAUGCUAAACGCCUCAGAUGACCGCCUCGGUCUCGUCAUUGCGCCCAGCCAUGUCCGUCUCCAACCGCCGGUCGAGGACGGAUAUGCAUGGUUGGUCGCGUCUUCCCAUGUUCCUCUUAAAAACCUGUCUGAGCAGCGGAAGCGUGGGCCUUUUCCAGGCCAUCUGCAAAGGACCACUCCGGAAACUCUGCAGAACGGGCGGUCGCAGGCAGCAGAAAUACCAGAAAAUAUGGAAGGCCCUCUCGGAGCCAGAGAGCAAGGAGGGGGGUCAUUCACAGCGAAGAUCAGCGAACUGGGACCAGCAGCCAACCACGAUCUUCGCCGCGAGCUAGAUCAGACGAGCAUGCGCCUAGGAUCGUCUCUGGACGAGAGUGGUAAGCUGCGAGCCAAGAACUGCAUGCUUGAGCGCGAAGUAGAGACUAAAUCACACUAUGCCUCAGGAGAAAAGCGCGGUGGAACAGAGCUAGAAGGGAAAGCCGCGGUUGCCCCCCCAACCCACCGAGGCCGCCACCUCGACGUGUCGCGAGCACGACUCGCGCAACUAGAUGACGAGGAGUCGAACCAAAUUUUCCAUCCUACGAAAUAG